AUGGAGAUACAGACGAAACGCACGACGAGGUAUCCUGUUGCUGGGGAUGGUUUUUUGCGUGUUAUAGAUAUUCCAGGUCAUGAGAGAGUAAGAUCAAAGUUUUUUGACCAAUUUAAAGUGGUUGCAAGAGGAAUAGUGUAUGUCAUUGACUCUGUGACUUAUCACAAGGAGAUUCACGAUGUGGCUGAAUUUUUGUACAAUAUUUUAUCAGAUACUGUUGUUGCAUCUAAUUCCCCACCAGUUUUGAUUCUUUGCAAUAAACAAGACCAACCUCUUGCCAAAGGCUGCAAGGUUAUUCAGUCCUACCUGGAGAAAGAAAUGAAUGUGCUACGUGUGACGAAGUCAAAUCAGUUGGAAAGUACUAAUGAUUCUGGAACCACCAAUAAUAUUCUUGGGAAGAAAGAUAAAGAUUUUGAAUUCUCACAUUUGCAUCCUUUGAAAGUGGAAUUUGCUGAAAGUGCUGCACUGACCAAGGAUAAAGAUAAUGCUGCUGACUUGGAUGCUUUGAAAUUGUGGUUAAAUAAAAUUGCGUAAAUUACCUUCUACAAAAUUUUAUUUGGUUGUCAGAAUUUUUUUUUUUUUUUUUUUUGGUGAAAAAGCAAGAGCUUCAAAUGAACAUUUCUGAAAUAGAAAUGCAUAGUUGAUAUGUUUACUAAAUAAAUUAAAAUAUUGUACUGCCAUUUUUAUUUUCAAGUGAAUUUUUUGUUCAUUAAUGUAAUUUUAUAUAUCAACAAUGUAAAAUAAACUCUCAAAACAACUAAAGAAACAUGUUUGUUUGUGUUUCAGUUGUUGGCAUUGAUUUGCAUAAGUGCUAAGUUCCAGUGAGGCACAUUUUUCAAAUCAAAAUAUUUUCAAAAUUCAGAAAAUGAAUUUGAAUUUGAAUUGGUCUUAUUUUACGUGGUGAGACUCGGGCCAUCAGGCCCGCUCUUCC